AUGGACGACAGGGGUGCGCAGCGGCCCUUGGCGCUUGCGACUGAUCGACAUCGGCACCAUCACCAAGAUGUGCACCCUCACGACAUGCACAUGGUGACAUGCGAGUAUUGCGGGGAGCGGUUUUAUCCGGACCGCCUGAUUGUGCACCACCGCGUAUGUGGGCCAGAUGCACCAAGACUCCCCACUGCAACUCGGCGCUCCCAGUCCAACAAACGCAUGAAGGACAUCACCGAACUCGUAUCAGCAGCGCCUGCAUCCAGUGCGCACGCGCGGCUGUUGAGGCCGAGCACAGAUAGACAGCAGCUGUUGCAGCAGCAGUACCGCACCAACGGCAGAGCGCUCACUCGCCACAGUACCCCAACCUUCUUCACCGUCGCCAGCAGCUCGGACCACUGCACACAUGGCCAAUAUGAUGAUAUUGUUGAUGAUGACUAUGACUACGAUGAUGGCGAUGAUGACGGUGAUGCCGGUGUCGUUGAAGGGCUCGGUGCAUAUCAUGAUAAUGGUGGCGAUACCCGCUCUGGCAGCAGCGGCAAUGUCGGUGCUGGUGUCGUUAGCAGUGGUGGCGGUGAUGUCCAUGGCGACGGUGACGUAUUAGGCAGGUACAGUCUGCAAAACACACACGCGACCGAACCAAGAGAGUUGAGUGAACAGGGCCACGACACAGCAGAGGCGAUGGUGUCGCCGCACCAGCAUGACAGGCCCACCUUCACCGCAGACCCACCGACCACGCGGAGACACGAUGGUGAUGAUGAUGAACACAGCGACGCGUCGAACGCCAAGCUUGCGCCGACAGCGCGGACACGCAGCAACUCCAGCAGCCAGUGA